GAUACGAAUGAAAAAACGCUGAAAACUUUCAUUGUGAUUUCCUCAAACCACGUGUUCAAUUGAUAUAAAACUUUUGCAGCAAGGAAUCAUUCCCUUAAGGUCGGACAUCGAUAGUGUUAAGACGUCGACAAAGAAUUAAAAUAUCCAACAGCAUGACGACAUUAGUGGUAUUUUUAUUAGCUUUAUCUUACGCUAGUGCCGUACAAUAUGUCGUUAAUCCUGACGAGAAAGGAGAGUUUGACGGCGUUGGUAUUGGUUUAGUUUCCCGACCUUCUUAUUGUGAACGUACGACCAAAAAAGGCGAUCUCUUGAAAGUUAAUUUCAACGCAACUCUUAAUGACGGAAGUUUCUUCGAGACAAGAUUUAUGGAGACUGUGUUUGAAUUUGUUUUGGGCGAGGGUCAAGUCAUUCCAGGUUGGGAAGCUGGUCUGCAAGAUAUGUGUGUGGGAGAAGUACGUCAUCUCACAGUACCUCCCAAAUACGCUUACGGAACCAAUGGUCUUGGUAGCAUGCCAUCCCGUAGCACAAUAUACUUUUUCGUGAAAUUAAUCGCAUUUGAAUCUGUUCCUGGUGCACCAAAGAAAACGAACACUUUUGUGGUUAUUGACCGAAACGGAGAUGGUUUAUUGUCUGGUGACGAGGUUCGAGAAUAUCUUUUACAAACUGGAGUUCAAGAUGUUGGUGGUAGUCACGGAUUAAAACAAAUGCUAAGAGAUAUCUUUCAAGAAGAAGACCGCGAUAAAAACGGAUACAUCACACAUGCUGAAUUUAGUGGGCGUAAACACGAUGAAUUGUAAACAAAUAUACUAUAACUUAUACGAUCUAGGAAAUUUAAAAUUUUUGUAUCUGUCUGUGAAUGUAGGAAUGUUAAAGCUAGAAAACUUUUCUGUUUCUAAA